UGAUUAAUGAUUUCACAAAAUGAGACUAUUUUGAGAUCCAUUGAUUUCUCUUAUUUGACAUAUCUUAAAUGUAAAUAUAGAUAAGUUUAUAUUGAAACCGCAAUUUAAUAAAUAAAUUAAACUAAAUAGCCUCAACAUAAAUAAAAAAAUGAUUUGACAGCUCCUUUCAUAUCCGCAAUUCUGCUUGUACUACUCGAAACCAAAAUGGUGGAAGUUUGUUGUGCUUGGUAAUUUGUUUAAAUUAUUGUGUAUUCGUAAGUAAAUCCGAUAUAAAUAUUAUCACAUACGGUAUUAUAAUAUCUCUCCUGUGGAUAAUUAUUUUAAUGUUAAUAUGCAGGAGAUGUGGCAUUGAGAAUUAUAUGUCUAAAACAGGUGUAUAAUGGAUGAAAAGGAAGGUAUUGCCGAAAGUUCCUCUGAGGUGGAGAAGAAUGCUUCAUCUGAGGAAACACAAAAGGUAGAUGACCUGGAAAAAGAAACCAAUCCUGAACCUGAAAAAAGUGAUGAUAAAACUCAUACUGUUAGUGAAUUAGAAAAUAAUGAACCUAAUAGCAAAAGUAAUGAAUCAAAUGACAGUACUGAUAGUCAAAGUAUUGUAGACAAUAAAUGUAAUGACGUUGUGAAAAGUGAUAAUAUUCAGACUACUGUGCCCAAAACAAGUGAGGAACUCAUUGAGAGUGAUGAUAUUUUAAGUCCUGUACCCAACAAACUUGAUGAACUAAAUGAGAGUGAUGAUUGUAGAAAUGAUGUAGCUAACAAAUGUGAUGAACACAUCCAGAGUGAUGAUUUUCAAAAGGUUUUAGCUAACAAAUGUGAUGGAAGCAUCAAGAGUGAUGAUAGUCAUAAUUCUGAACCAAUUUGUACUGGUGAUAGUCAAAGUUCUGACCCCAUUGCUGGUGAAGACCAGAUUUCUGAACAGAUCAGUAAUAGCGAAUCAAAACCUGAUGAACCUAAGGUUAUUGUUGAUAAAGGUGAAGACCCUAUUCCUAAAGAAGCAUCAAUUCCCAAUGAAGAACCUAUUUCAAUAGAAGCUGUUAAUUCACCCAGCAUAUGUGAAAAUAUACAAAAUGUAGAGUCAGAAUCUGAAAGGCAAGUAAGUGAAGAGUCAAAAAUUACUGAUGAAAGUGACAUUAAUAAAGUUGAUAGUGAACAAAAUGUAGAUGAAAGUGAUAAAGAUAUAUUUAAAGAAAUAGUCAACGAAAUAUCUGUAAAAGAUUUAGAGUCCGCUGGUCCAAGUACAGAAGACACUAAUCAAGAUAUAGAUGAGACUAAUCAAGAUUCACUAACAGAAGUGUCGGAAACCAGCCAAGAUAAGGUCCAGAAGCCACAAUUUGAAACAGCACCAAAUGUUUCCAUAGAUGACUCACAGGAUGACCAUACAGAGGCACUAGAUCCCUUCGAUGCCUUGUUAAAGGACACCAAUGAUCCUCCAGCUGAAACAAGUACACAAACUGUUGAUGCAUCUGUAAACAUUGAUGAUGAUGAUGAUCACAAUGUUGAUAAUCAUAUUGAGACUGUUGACGGUGAAGAUGAUCACCAACCUGAUGAUUCGGAUCAUGCUGAACCAGGUGCAGAUGAAGAGGUGUGCUUGCUGCCUGACACUGAGAGAGAAAUUUCUGAGGCAGACAAACAGGAGGCAGAAAAAGCAUUAGCAGAAAAGCGUAGGCAGGCUGAAGCAGAAGCAAUGGCGACUCAACCCAAACAAGAACGUGGUCCCGAAAGUAACUCUGAAACGUGCGAAGAAACCUCUCAAAACAACGAUACAGCAGAAACGGUAGAAGCUACAGUUGAUGGAAAUGAAAUCGCUGCAGAAAAUGAAGAACAAGAUGGCUCGGAUGGUCAAGCUCUGACAGUUCAAGAAGUAUCUUCUGCAGUGAAUACCACCUGCAGUGUAUGUGAUGAAGAGCACAUGUGCAGUUAUCUAGCCAUAGUUGAUGAUAAACAACAAUAUUUUUGUUCGAAAUCCUGUGUACGAUCUUUUCAACAAUCAUUUAACGAAGCUUCCGUAUGCAUAAUACAGGACAAAUUUCUCAUAGAUGAAAUAGUCCCAAAAGAAUAUACUUGUUCGGAAUGUGAGGAACAAAAAAUUUGCUAUUUCUACUACAAGUAUGAAGGAGAGGACACGUACUAUUGCUCCUUGAAAUGCCUACACAGUAUGAUGGCUGACGAAGUAGAAAAAUAUUCAUUUAAGAGACAGAAAAUAUUGUUGGAUGAGAAAAAAACUGAGAAUGUCGAAUGCAUAAAUUGUCAAACUGUUGGAACUUGCGAGUUUUCGGCUACUCGGUAUGGGGAAGCGAUGUAUUUGUGUUCGUCACAAUGCUUCAAGGACUUCAACAAACUAGAGAAUGGAAGAUAUUCCAUCAGUAAAACGGCACAAGUAACACGCACUAACCCCCCACUCUUAAAGUUAAAAGUUAUCAGUAAUGCAACGGACAAAUAUUUAGGUGAGGCAUACAAAAUACAGGCCAAAACUCCGGCUUCGUUACAGACCGCUAGAGAAGAGAGAGAUAGAACGUUCCUCAGAAUAUGCAGGAAUUGUUUUAAAAUACUAAACGACAAAAUGUUGACUUGGGAAACGAUGGACUUCUGUAAUAAAGUGUGUUUAGGUCGAUAUCAGAAUAAAAUUGGAUCGAAAUGUGCGUAUUGUAAAAGUUCGGUUCCUCCUACGAGUUUAGGAAAGUAUUGUGUUAGGUUCGGUUAUGAUAUACGUCAGUUUUGUAAUUCACGGUGCUUGGAGGAGUUUAAGAAAGGUUUAAAGAUAUGUUGCUACUGUCAGCGGGACAUAUCGGUGGGUCAUGAAGGAUUUCUGGCUCCCGUGGGAGAUAAGGGCCAAUUUAAGGAUUUCUGCAGUCAGCAUUGUAUGGAAAAGUUUGAUCAGAUGAGUAAAAAUGUGUCACCUCUACCGGUUUGGGCUAAAUGUGCUGUGUGUUCGUUGGAAAAGGCGACCACAAUUGAAGUGGAAGAUACGAAUACUGCCUGUCAGAGAUUGUGCUCUGAUCCUUGUUUUGCAGCCUUCAAGUUUGUCAACAAUUUCCUACCAGAUCAGUGCCGCUGGUGUAAAAAGUACUUUGAGCGAAAUGAAAAUAAGAAAUAUUUCACGAUAUAUGAUGACAUUACACCCAUCCCUUUCUGUUCGAAGUCUUGUAUCAACAUAUAUAUAAGUAAUUCCCGACAUAUAGUACCAUGCAAUUGGUGUAAAGUGAAAAAAUAUAAUUAUGACAUGAUCCAAUGGUCACAGGACAAUCAAACAAUUAUGAUGUGCUCACUCAGCUGUUUGAAUUUGUAUGAGGUGUCGGUGAAUGCGGUGUCUUCAAGGAGGAAAAAGUGUGACAUGUGCAAACGUGUUGCGCUGGCGCAGUAUCACUUGACAAUGUCCGAUGCUACCGUACGAAAUUUCUGUACAUACCAAUGUGUUAUAAGUUUUCAGGGUCAAUAUAAGGAGGCUGUACCAAUGAUCAGUGAACAUGGUGAUGCACAAGCCGUUCCCACUGGUACACCGAGGCGGUCUUAUACUACUAAAGUUACAGCGCAAACGAAAUCCCAAACCCGUUCGACAUCGGGCAUGCCCGUAAUUUCGAACGUACAAUCUUUAGCCACCCCCCCUCUCGUGCCCACGUCCACAAGGGCGAAAUCAAAACGUCUCCAACACAUACAGGCGCCAGAGCCGGAACCACCUGCCAUUCCUAAAACACCACCUCCGCCCCCCAAACCUCCUACUCCACCCCCUCCGCCGCCCCCCAAAAUAUUCAACCAUGUAAUUGUCAAAACCCUGCCCCCCCACGAAGUAGCCAAUAAAGGUACUAUGGCAAAACCUAUGAUGGUUUCAAAGGGUAUUUCCUGCCGCCCUCAUCCCUGUACUAAAGAAUGUCAAACAGAUUCUAGUCUAGAACGAAAAGUGCUCAUUCCGGUCCCCGUCCCGAUAUAUGUCCCUGUUCCAUGUGUUAUGUGGUCUUUACCAUUCCCUGUCCCAGUACCUAUUCCUCUACCGAUACCGACUCCGGUAUUUAUACCGACAACGAGGAAUUCGGCUAAGGGUAUCAUGAAAGAAAUCAAUAAGAUUCACGAUAAAAUGCCGACCGAUCCGUUUGAGGCCGAAAUACUGAUGAUGGCGGAAAUGGUGGCUGGUGAUAAGAAAAAGGAUCAGAGUGAUUCAGAUACAGAUGAGGAGAACGAAGGUUUUAGUCCAGUGACUGGUAUAGAUGGGAAUAACGCGUUCGGUGAAGACAUGCUGCAAAUGGCGUUAAAAAUGGCGACGGAGUAUGAAGAACAACCCGUUGAUUUAGAGUCCGCCAUGACAGCUAAUACUAUUACACCGAGCUCACAUCCCGGCAUGCCAGGCUUAGAAGGCGAAGGCAUGCACCACCAUCACAUGAUGGUGUUGGAACAGCAGCGAGCCGUUGCAGCCCUUAGGGCUGCGCAGCCGGUUCGCAAGCGAGCCCCGCCGGCCCCACCUCCGCGACCUUCGCGUUCUUCGAAACGGAGGAGGGAACCUGCCCCACCGGCACCGGAGCCCCCGAGGGAACCCGCGGAGAAGCCCGACGCUAAUAUGUGUCUUAAGUACACAUUUGGUGUUAACGCGUGGAAGCAAUGGGUGAUGACAAAGAAUGCUGAAAUCGAGAAGAGUUCUAUUAGAAGAAAACCUUUCAAGUCUGAAAUACUUCAACUGACGGCAGAUGAACUAAACUAUUCCUUAUGUCUGUUCGUCAAGGAAGUCCGGAAACCCAAUGGCAGCGAGUACGCACCUGACACUAUAUAUUAUUUGGUUUUAGGUAUUCAACAAUAUUUGUUUGAAAACGGUAGGAUAGAUAAUAUAUUCACGGACCCGUAUUAUGAAAAGUUUACCGAUUGCUUGGACGAAGUAGCGAGAAAGUUUUCUGUUUUAUAUAAUGAUUCACAGUACAUAGUAACGCGAGUAGAGGAGGAACAUCUCUGGGAGAGUAAACAGUUGGGCGCACAUUCACCGCACGUUUUACUCUCAACGCUUAUGUUCUUCAAUACUAAACAUUUUAAUUUAGUGACAGUAGACGAGCACAUGCAGCUAUCCUUUUCUCAUAUAAUGAAGCAUUGGAAACGUAAUCCCAAUCAGCCGGGGCAAGCUAAAAUACCGGGAGCAAGAAAUGUGCUUUUACGAUUUUACCCUCCCCAAUCUGCACUUGAAGCGAAUUCUCGGAAGAAAAAGGUCUACGAACAACAGGAAAAUGAGGAAAACCCUCUCAGAUGUCCAGUUAAACUUUACGAAUUUUAUAUAUCUAAAUGUCCCGAAUCUGUGCGCACGCGGAACGACGUGUUCUACCUUCAACCAGAGAGAUCGUGCGUGCCCGACUCACCCGUGUGGUACUCCACGCAGCCUCUCAGCAGACACGCCCUUGCCAAGAUGCUGCAUCGUGUCAAAAUGGUCAAGGAGAUAAAUAUUGCGUUGCUCACCAGCUAAGAUUAUACUUACGAGUGUUUUGAAGGAGAACAUUCGUGAUGAUUUGUACAAUGUUACGUUUCGGAUUCACUGACUGUGUUGCCAGAAUAUUGUUGUGAAAAUUACAAUGUAUAUUUUUUAAAUUUUGUAUAUCAGACAGCAAAAAGGACAGAUUAAUUUAAAUCAAAUGUUUCUAUUUGCUAAUUUUAAAGUGUUAUUAUUCUAUGCGGGCUAAAUAUUGACUUUUAUUUGAUUCAUGAUAUCAUUUUAACCAUCAGUUUUGAACAGAAUAUCAUUCAAGGUAAGUUUGAUUCUAUUUUAACUAUACUGUCGCUAAGCGAUAAUACCAACUACAUAAUUUUGUUUAUCAAAAUUCUCCAUGUAUGUAAUAUAUAUUACAAAAUUGUAAGUUGUAGGUUUGUUAUAAUUAACAUUAUUCCAUAUAUAGCAAAAAUAGCACACCUACUUGUAAUAAAAUCAAUUAAAUAUAAUGGGACAGAUUUUUUAUUGAAUAGAUUUUUAGAUAAAGAGUCAAGAUUUCAUAUUAUAAUAAUAAUAAUUUAGUGUAAGUUACUUUAGUGCUAUGUAAAAAGAAUACAGAUUCUUGUAAAA